AUGGAAGUGAUACAAAAAUCAAAUUUUAAUCAGUGGAAAGAGACAGAAUUUGAAAGGAAUUUAUGCAUUUCACAUGCAUCUACAAAAUCAAAUGAAUUUUCUAUAGGUGAUUAUAUACAAAAAAAUAGUGAUAUAUCAGAUGAUGAUAUAGAUAAUACAUAUGCACUUACUUUUCGUAAAGAUGAAAUGUUAAGAUCCUUAGGUACAAUAAAGAAAAAGAUUAAUGAUGAGGAUAAUAAAAUUACAAUAAUUUUGCCUACAUCCAUAUAUAUUUCAUCUUAUAUUCUAGAUACAGAUUUCAUUUCCUUUAAUAAUGGAAUAAUCAGAACUCUCAAGACUUUGCACCAUUUUAAUUUAUUUAAAAGUGCAAUAUUUCCGUAUAACAUUAAUUUGAAAAUGCGUUUAAAUAAAAAAAAUUUUAUGAGUUAUAUAAUACCAAUUAUUGCUUUGUAUCUUAAUCCUGUAAAUGCUGCUCAAAGAGAUGUAAAUUUCCAAAGAGAACUGAUUUCUUUUUGUGACCCUAUUUUUACGAAGUGCAAUACUGCAAUUGAAAAUCCAAUUGUAGAGAAACUUUGUAAAAAUGUAACAGAUACUUGUCGUCAAUACAAUAUAAAACCGAUCUUCAAUGUCUUUAAUACGGAAUACAUCUUAAUUAUGUUUUUUUGUCUUUUUCUCAUUUUUUCUAUUUUAGUAAAAAAUAAUACUUAA